AUGACAACCCCGCAGCCGAUGCAGGACCGCCCGCCCACCGACCCGGCCUCGCCUACUUCGUCGGGUCUCAAAGUAGACGUCAACCUCAACACAGAGAACUCGGCCUUCUACAGCGAGCCCAUGUUCGAAGGUACAUCCAAGGCCUCGCCUACUCGGGAAACCACCAUGCCCGAUAUAAAGUCAACGCCUCAGCAGCCCAUUGCGGUCGAUGUAACCACGAACCAGGAUUCGGUCCCUGCAGAGGUCGCCGCAGAAGUUCCCAUCCCGGUGACCCCAGUUCAAUCCUCAGCUAAUCCAGCCAGUCCUGUCAACCCUGUCAGCCCAGCCGGCCCUGUUAACCCUGUUAACCCUGUCAACUCUAUCAGUUUUCUCAACACUGCAAAGCCUGCGAACACUGCCAAUGCAGCCAGCCCUGCCUCGCCCGUUACCAUUUCGGCGCCGCCAACUGUUACCAUGAACAUCACAGCAACGCUUACGGACGACGUCGACUCUGAUGUUGAAAUGAUUGAGGACAAAGAUGGACCAGCCAGUGCCGCGGCAACUCUGUCCAAACCAACUGCACCAGCUGCGCCGGAUGCGGCUCCCAAGGAGAACGGAAUACAGGUUACGGAGGAGCUCCAGAACAAGAUUCUGCACAGAUUGAUUGAGGAGCUCCACACUAAGAACCACGCCCUGAAGGAGAGCUUGAACGAGACAUUGAUGGAGAAGCAGAGCGCGGACGACGAACUCAACCGCACUCGAGGCGCCUAUCAUGAUCUCCACAGACAGUACAUGGAUCUUCAGCAAAAGCUGGCCAAGCGGGACAGGGACUAUGAGGUCAUGUCUAAGAACUACCUGGAACAUGUGCGGAUGAUUCGUGCCACAGACGACGAUCACGGCACCAUCAGGGACCGCCUGACGCAGCUCAAGGCUUCGAUCGAGCAUUUGAUCCGAAAGGCACAAGGAGGGCGCUCUGUGAAUCUCAACAAGGAAGUCGCAGUGGAGCAUUUCAAGAGUUCGGGUCUUCUCGAUGGGUUCCCGGUUCCUGAGGAUAAACUGGAGUCUUACCAUCUGAACCUCUAUAUGGAGUCUGUGGUCAUGCGAACGCUCAUCUCGAAUUUCUUUGACAAACCUCUGAGCUCCAUCUUUGACUACAACAAGGGAUUCAAGGAGAUCUACGACUGGAUGCAUGUGCGUAACGAAAAGUCGGCUGUGCGUUGGAGGCAGCAGCUCUGCAAGAUGUUAGCAGACGACCCCGCCACCAAGACUCGGCAGGAACAGGAGGUGGCGACGACUGCUGAGGAUCUUUCAGGAUUGAUUUCCAAGGUGUAUACAAACGCGAACGAGCAGGCCAAGAUCCGGGAUAUCUGCAACAAGGCAUUCGAGCUCGCAAUAGCCAUGACUGGACUCGAGUCUGUCAUUACUCCUGUGGCGAUUCCGUUGAACACGCCAUUUGAUGAAGAGACUAUGCAGACGUCUCUGAAGAGCAACCCUGAGGGCAAGGUGGCCCUGGUGAUCUUCCCCGCCUUCAAGGACAAGGAGUGUGCAUUUGACGUCAGGCCUAAAGUGUGGUGCUACUGA